UAGAGUGCAAGCUUUGGUCAUACCACCGCUUCAGUUGUCUGUGUGUGUGUGUAUUGUAUGCAUGUGAUGUAAGGUCAUUCGCGUGAAAAUAUCAGCGAGGAAAAAAUCGAAUUUUUGUGUUUUGUGUGCUAGGUAAAUGCAAAAAAUUGUGCAAAGUCGAUCGGUUUAAGGCCCAGUCCGUGUGCCAGUGAUGAAAGUGUGAGCCUGUUCGGUCAUUUACCUGUGAAAAGUCGACAAGAAGUCAAAGCUUCAUGAAUUAAGAACCAAAUAGGAAAGCUGGAAGAGUCAAAAAAUUGAAAAUUCGCACUCAAGCAAAAACACCAAACGGAAGAUCCAAAGCAAACAACCAACCAACAACAACAACAUCAACAGCAUCAACUAAUAUCAAAUUAAAUAACUAAGCCUAAUAACGUAUACAUUUAAAGAUCUAUUUAUAAAUUAAUAUUUACCAUAAUGAUUUAGUAAGUUAAGCUUAAAGUACAAACAAAAAAUAAGUAAAGCAAAGAAAAAGAAACACCACAACCAGCAUCAACAACCAACCAACAACCACAAAUAAUUAAUUAAUCAUUAAACGGAGUAAAUUCACAAAUCUGUAAUAAAUGCAAAUGACAAGGAAAUAACGAAAACGACAACAACAACAAGUCACCGCCAACAACAACCACACAUCGGCAGCAUAAUUAACAACAACCAACAACAACAACGGAUCAAUACCAAAGAUGGAGGCAAAAUUCUUGGCUAGCGCUCUUUCAUUCCUCUCGAUAUUUUUAGCGAUUUAUGCUCAAUCACUUGAUAAGCUGGUGCCAAACUAUGAUAAUGUCGAGCAUCAAAUGAAAUUUUACGACAUCAGAUCGCCGCUCGUUCUCAGCUGCAACGUGAAAGACGGUACGCCAGGCGGCGUGCUCAUAUGGAAAAAGAACGGCACCGCUGUGACGGAGGUACCUUCUCUAAGAGGUCGCUUUAAGUUAAUCGCAGACGAGAACAAGUUUAUCAUCGAUAAGACGGAUACGAACGACGAUGGCAAAUACAGUUGCGAGUUCGACGGAGUGUCCAAGGAAAUCGAAGUGAUUGCCCGCGUUGUUGUAAGAGUGCCUUCAAAUACAGCCGUUGUGGAGGGUGAGAAGAUGUCGGUGACCUGCAGCGUUGUGGGAACCAAACCUCAGUUGACAUGGACCUUUGCCAAUGUAACGCUGACAAACGGCACAGAUCGCUUCAUCCUCAAACCAGACGAUAAUGGUGUUCCCAACGCCAUUCUGACACUGGAUAAUGUGACAUUGGACGACAGAGGCGAAUACAAAUGCAUUGGACGAAAUGCGGCCGAUGCCUUCGGUGGGAACAACACCACUCCUGCCAGCGACUUCACAACUGUGCGUGUUAAGGGCAAAUUUGCCGCCUUGUGGCCUUUCCUGGGCAUCUGUGCUGAGGUGCUGAUUCUGUGCAUCAUCAUUCUCAUUUAUGAGAAGCGACGCAACAAGAGCGAACUGGAGGAGAGUGAUACUGAUCCCCAAGAACAGUAAGUGUGCUACUCUCAAACCCACACACCAACCAACCUACCAACCAACCAACACCACAACAAACAAAAUACCAACAACAUAAACUGUCAACACCAAAUAAUAUUAAAGAUCAGCAAACAAACAAACAAGAAACAUAACGCAACAGAAGAGGAAAAAGUUGAAAUUUUAGUUUUAUACUGCAAAUUAAAGACGUUGAUGCUGCAGGCGAAUGCGAUUGUGAAUGCGAAUGCAGACCAGACACCAACUUAACCAUACGAAACCAGAUACAGAUACGGAUACGGAGAAGCAACGUACUUACGGACGGACAGACAAACGGACGGAGGAGGAGCAGCUACAACAAUUAGUGAAAUUUUCUUAGUUAACAAUUUCUAAUAGUUACCACAAUGGGAAACGAAAAAAAAUGAAUGAAUUUUGUGUUUGACGCAAACGGAUAUGCGAUAAAUUGAAAAAGUAAAUGUUAAGAAAUUAUAUAGUUUUUGCUAAUUUUGUAUUAUAAUGAAAUCCAUCGUGCCUGGAGAGUCGCAAAGAAAUUAAUAAAAUACCGAGACCCAGAGAAGUGAAAUGGAGUGUGAUUCAGUAACUGUUGUGGUUUCUACAUUUUUCGAUGUGUGCUAAGCGAAAGCAAAUAUAUUCGUGAUCCGUAUAUUUGUUUCGCCCAAAACUCUGACAAACACAAAACGGAAACGGAAACACAAAACGAACGCACACAGACAGCACUCACUCACACCAACACAUCCGAGAGUUAAAACAAAAUAUGUAGUUCUCUAGAUAUAGAUACUAUAAACUUAAUUCAUCGUAAAUAUGCCCUAUGAUUUCUUGCUUUAUUCAAAUCGAAAAUUCAUUUUUCGCUGAGCUUGUUUCUGUUGCUUAAAAAACUACAAACGAAACUUAAUGGAAAAUAAUUUCACAUACACAAAUCGUUUCUUUUUAUGUCAAAGUCCAGUCCAUAAUAUUAUUACUAUCAUGUAAAGGAAUACGACAAGAAAAUGUUAUCAACUUUGUUUUUAAGUACUUAUUGUUUAAUUAUAUACAUUUAAAUAAAAACCACAUUAAAAAAAACACAAAAACACCGUAGGCGAAGCAGAAGUUAUCAUUUUGCUUUGAGAGAAACAAAAAACACAAUUAAUCGUUACUUAUGUAUAUUAUAAAUCAUUAUAUAAGCUUAUUAAUUUCUUGGCAGCAAAUAAAACACACACGAAAACACAGAA